AUGUCGAUCCCACCCGCCCUCCAACAGCAACUGCGCCUCCUGAUCCGCGCAAACCACAUCCUCCACCACCACGGCCUCGUCGACGCCUUCGGCCACAUCUCAGUCCGCCACCCCCUAAACAAAGACCAAUACAUCCUCGCCGCCUACGACCCCGGCGCCCCCGCCCUGGUAAAAAACGUCAGCGACUUCAAUUCCUACUGGGUCCGCGACUCGUCCCCCGUCGACAAAGACGCGCCCCAAGGCUACAGCGAGCGCUUCAUCCACGGCGAGAUACUCCGCAAGUUCCCCAAAGCCAAUUGCGUCGUGCACUCGCAUUCCGAAGACGUAAUCCCUUUUACCAUUGCCCACGGCGCUGCGCAUCCGCACCCCGUGCGUCCCGUGUUCCACAUGGCUGGGUUCCUCGGCCAAAGCGGAGCUUCGGUAUUCAGCAUGGACCGAGUGUACGGUACCUUGCGGAUACGGGCGGAGCGCGACUUGCUGAUUAAGAAUGCCGAGUUGGGAGAAGCCCUGGCCGCGCAGCUGCGCAUGGAGAGUCCCGUCGUGCUGCAGCACAAACACGGCUUUACCACGUUUGGCACCACCAUCGAAGAAGCCGUCUAUCGUGCCAUUUAUACCCAGAAGAACUGUGUCUUGCUGCAGCGCGCCAUUGCCAUUGCCGGCGGCGAUCCCGACGCCGUGCAGUAUCUGUCGCACGACGAAAUCAAGGAUUGUGCCGUCAUGAAUACAAAGACGCUGGAUAAGUCGUUUCGCCUGUGGCUGCGUGAAGUCCAGGUCAAUCAGCUGUAUCAGAAUGAUGAAGGGGAGCCAGAGAAAGGAAAAGUGGCAGGCAUGAAGAUGUAG